AUGGGUUUUUAUGAUACACUACACCAAACGUACGGCACGGCUUUGUACCAACAGGCGAAGCACUUCAAGAAGAUCAACAAAAAGUUGGCAUCCCUUUAUAACAGAAGAGUUUUCCUGCUUCAGUGUAGGAUGCUAAACAUCUACCCUAGACACAUCAUUAAUAGUCUCAAGUCUAUAUAUACCUUACAAUUCGAAGGUGGUCCGAUCAGGAAGAAAGUUGAUAUUAUGAUGAGAAAGUUUAGGAGGAGCAUAUUGAAUUUGGAGAUUGAGACAACUAUAUGGAAAAUAAAGAAUUAUGAACAUGAGGGGAAGAAGGUGAUUGAAAUUUUGAAACGACAGUUAACAGUGAGCCACUUCGUAAAACUGAAUCAUAUAAUAAGUAGCUGUUUCAAUGCUUUAUUCAACAGGAUCAAACAGGCUAAUAUUUCCAAGCUACAGUCGCUGACCAGGGAACAUACACCUGUGGUUUCAACUGCAGAUAGUAGCUCAAAACGCAUAUAUAAUUACACCAAUGUCUCCUUACCCCCAGAGGUGGAAGAGCUUUUACAGUUCGGCCCAAAGUUCAAUGUUCCUUUUUUGAAGAAAGAAAUACCUGUCCCCAGAAUUAUAGCAGAUGUUGAAUAUUACAUAUCCUCUCACGUAGUGAAUGAAACUUUUAGAGAUACUUUAAGAGCAGAUUUUGUUAACCUUCUUACUAACCACUUACACAGAGUCAAUGGAAGGGUAGAUGUCCAUGAUAAGAUGGUGAGGAAUUUUAAUAUAACGAAACGGUUUCUUAAAGAUAACAAUGACAUCAUAGUGAACAAAUCGGACAAGGGUGGAUCUAUAGUGAUCAUGUAUCGUGAGGACUACGUUAACCAUGUUACGAUUCUACGAUCAACCCUUAUUUUUUAA